AUGACUUCUUCUAGCCCGAGGACUGUGUCUUUGGAAGACUCCACUAGUGAGGAAGAGGAGGACUCCAUUGGUGAGGAUAAGGGAGACUUUACUCGUAAGUAUGUGGGAGACCUAUGGCGAGCGACCAAUCGUGAGCAGGUAGAAUCCACCUUGAGGGCGGCAAUGCCUCCAAUCAUAGCAGAUUGA